AUGGCUAUGUCUUUCGUAUUCGGUUUUGCGGCCGCAGCCCUUGUGCUGCAGGUCAUCCGUAUGAUAUUCAACUCAUGGCAACACUCACGCAAUGCGAAACGUAUGGGCUGUGGCAGUGUGCCAAUGUACCCGUGCAAGGAUCCUUUUGGAAUUGACAACCUGAAACAGUCCCUGGCGGCAGACAAGGCCAAACUGGUACCUGAGUUAGCCGAAAAGCGCGUUAAGGUCAUCAGUGAUCAGGAGAAACGAUAUACCACCACUUUUGCAAUCAAGAAUCUCGGCCGGACGCAUAUCUUUACAGUAGAUCCCAGGAACAUACAGGCUGUCUUAGCUACCCAGUUCAAGGACUUCGAGCUUGGUACCGUCCGUCGGAUGAGCAUGCAUCCGCUUCUAGGCACUGGUAUUUUCACCGCCGAUGGAGAGGAAUGGAGUCGUUCCCGCGGCCUACUUCGACCUCAGUUCACCCGCGAGCAGAUCAGCCAAUUGGAAUUGGAAGAGGAACACGUACAAAAGGCCAUGCAAGCUCUACCCGUUGCGGCCAACGGAUGGACUGCCACAACCGACAUCCAGUCCAUCUUCUUCCGCUUGACCAUCGACUCCGCCACAGAAUUCCUAUUUGGUGAAAGCGUCGAGAGUCAACUCGGCGCUCUGAACGGCCUACACAGACCUGAAGACUCAUUCGCCGCCUACUUCGACAAGUCCCAGUGGGUCUGCGCGCAGCGAAGCCGCUUCGAGAAACUUGCCUUCCUCGCUGAGAACAAGGAAACCAAGUUCUCAGAUAAGCAAGUGCACUCCUUCGUCGACAAAGUCGUCUCAAACGCACUGGCAGCCUCCCAGUCUGAAAAGAAAGCCUCCCCCGACGGAAAAUCCUCCUACGUCUUCCUUGAAGCACUCCUUGAAGUGACCCGCGACCCAAUCGAGCUCCGCUCGCAACUCCUCAACAUCCUCCUCGCCGGCCGCGACACAACAGCAUCGCUCCUAAGCUGGACAACCCUCAUGCUCGCCCGCCACCCAGAAGUCUUCACUAAACUCCGCGAAACAAUUAUCUCAAACUUCGGAACCUACUCAAACCCCCAGAACAUCACCUUCGCCACCAUGAAAUCCUGCCAGUAUCUGCAGUACGUGAUGAACGAAGUCCUCCGUCUGUACCCAGUGGUCCCCUUCAACCGUCGCAACGCAGUCCGCGACACGACCAUCCCGCGCGGCGGCGGUCCAGAUGGUCAAGACCCCGUCUACGUCCGCAAGGGCCAGUCAGUGAUCUACACUACGCACGUUAUGCAGCGCCGCAAAGACUUGUGGGGCCCUGACGCGGACGAGUUCAAGCCUGAGCGCUGGGUAGACCGUAGAGCUGGAUGGGAGUAUAUCCCCUUCAAUGGUGGGCCGCGGAUUUGUAUCGGGCAGCAGUUUGCACUUACUGAGGCUGGAUAUGUUAUUGUGCGACUUUUGCAGCGCUUUGAUAAGAUUGAGGAUGUUUAUCCCGAUCAGAAGAUUCGGUACGGUCUUACUUUGACUAGUGCGCCUGCUGAUCUGGUUACUGUGCGCUUGCACCAGGCUGAGGAUGCUUGA